UAUGUUUUAGAUAGUUAAAGCAGAUUCAGGCAUUGAUGCUAAAUUAGAAUUCGAAAUAUCCAACAUAGUUAAGGGUGCUUAUGAGAGAUUCAAUAACCAGUAUGAUCGAUCAAAAUAUAUCUCUGAUUAUUUGGAUGAAAGGUAUGGGGGAUGUUGGAGAGUAACAAUAGGGAAAUCAUUUACUAGUUGUGGAACCUAUUAUUUGUCACAAUUAUUAAGACUUAGUUAUUAGAAUGAUUAAAUAGAAAUUGUUAGAACAUAGGGUGAUUCAGAAUUUGAAAUUAUAUAAAAAGAUUUAGGAAUGAACUAAGCUGUUUUUGAUUCAAUUUUAGGAAUGUACUACUUAUAUUAAAUAGAGAAUAUAAAAUGCUUAAUAAACUUAGAAAAACUUAUCCGCUCAAGUUGAGUAUAUUUCAGAUUGUGUGGAAUAAAAGCAUACUGGUAAAUGGGCUGUGAUUUGUGGGUAAUUGUAUAAUUAUUAUCUAAAGUUAUGACUUUAAUAGUCGUGUUCCUUAUGUUAAUAAUAAUUUAGUUUGUGUAGCAAAAAAGGGAAUCAGAUAUACAGUAUUAAUGAUAAGUAAAUGA